UAUCACACCUCUCCAUGCCGAGUACUCUUUCUCUCUUCAAUCUGUUCCAUCAAUAUCCAUGGCAAAAACCCAAAAGAAAACCCUUCAAAACAAACCCAAAACCAACAAUUUUCUAAGCUGCUUUGGAUGUUCUAAUAAUAAUAACAUAGUAUUAGAGUACAAAAAGGAAGCCAAUAUCAAAUCCGAUGGCAUGAAGAAGAAGAAGAAAAAGAAGAAGGCACGUUGGUCUUUUUGGACAAGGUUCAGCAUGAAGAAGUCCACCACCAGAACCGUGCCGCUUGAAUUCGACAACAAACCAUCAAACUCCAACUCCAACUCCAAAUUUUCUUCAAACUCAAUAUCCAACUUUAAUUCUCAACCAGAUGUGCCUCAUGAUAAGGAGGUUCCUAAUCCUUCUAAUAACGAAAUACAAGUACUACCUCAUCAUCAUCAGCUUAUUCAUCAAGAUCAGAUUCAGAAAAGGCACGAGCCUAAUAAUAAUAUUUCUGAACAAAACAACAUCAACUCGAAAUUGGAACAUGUCCGUGUGGAUGCGUCCAAAGAUGACAAGCAUAAAAAGCGAUCGUCUUUUUGUCGGAAAAUAGAAGCGAUAAGAACUGGGUCCACUCAUCAACCCGGUUCGCCACCGGACCCUAAUAAGUUUAAGCUCAAUUCCGAAUUCAAACCCAAAUCCAAACUCAUCAAGCCUACGGGUGUGGGACCCACAUGUAGGAACGAAAGAAGAGCCACGUCGCCAUCCAAGAAUACUCGGCAAAAUGAUGCAUUAUUAAUAAUAGCUCAGAAGAAGAAGAAGAAGAAGAAGCAGCAGUUUGACCCAGUACUGGUUGGUUUAUCUAUAAUUAUGGUGACCUUAUUGAUAAUGUUACUUUGGGGUCGAUUCUGUGCCAUUCUUUGUACUUCUGCAUGGUGUUAUUUCGUCCCAUGUUUCAAAAAAAGGAAUCUCAAUUCACAAUAUCAAUAUUAUCGUUAUGAUUCCGAGGAGUACAAGAAGAAGGUGAUCCUAGGAGGAUUUCUUGAGAGAAACCACUAGACUCCAAUCUCUUUUUUUUUUUUUGUAAUCGAUCAAUCAUAUCAUAUGGCCGGGAGUGUUCAUGUUACUUCUUAACCUAUUUGUUUUGCUAAAG